GCCUCUGGAUAACUUUUGCUUGAUAUUACAGUAUAAAAGGGCGAUCGAGAAACAAACUCGUCACUUGGUCUGCAGCAUUUGUCUCAUACUAGCAUCAACAUGAAAGUCUUGAUCCUUAGCAUCUUCUUGGCUUGCGCCUCCGCCCAGUACUACCCUGGUUUCUACGGCUAUCCCGCCACCAGCCAGUUCCACGCUCAAGAUGUGCUGGGACAGGCCUCUUAUGGCUAUGCUUACCCCGGACAGGCUGCUUCCAACUACCGUGACAUUUUCGGCAACCAAGUCGGUUCUUACGCUUACAUGGGACCCAAAGGAGAAGUUCGUGUCAACUACGUUGCCGAUGCCGUUAACGGUUUCCGCGUUGUGUCCAACAACUUGCCUGUUGCUCCCGAAGAUACCCCCGAAGUAGCUGCUGCCAAGAUUGAACACGCUAAACUCGUCAAAGAGGCCGCAACCAAGAAAGCUGCUGAACCCGCUGCUAGCCGCACUAAGCGCCAGGUUCCUUUCUACCCUUCUGCUCUGCCUUAUGCUCUUCCCUACACCGCCCCUUACUACAACUACGUUGCUCCCGCUCCCUUGGUUGCCAAGACUACCUUGAAGACCGUCACUGCCGAGGCUGAUCCUUCCGCCAAGACCCCAGCUGAUACCACCAAAUUCGACCUCAAGGAAAAGAGCUUCGACGUUAUCACCCCUCUUGCUUACCCAUACGCCCCUUAUGGUUACACUUAUCCUUUCGCUGCCCCUUUCGCUGCCCCCACUGCAGUUGAGAGCUCCCGCAAGAAGCGCCAGGUUAUCGCUGUCCCCGCACCUGACCAGCAAUUCCUCGAUGACCUCAAGUACAAGAGUGUCGAUUUGAACCAGAACGGUCAACCUGACCAGGCUGUUGUUCCAGUCACACCCGUUCUUAAGACCUACCCUUAUUAUCCCUAUGCUGCCCUCCCUUACUCUGGUUACUACCCAACUUACCCAACUGCUUUCCCUUUCUAUGGUUAACUAAUACCGAAACAAAGCACUUGAUGCAGCAUUCGACUCCUUUUUAAAUCAUGUUGCCCAGCAUCCGUUUCAAUCGUUUGUUAUUGUUCUUGGUAAUGUGAAAUUGUAUUGGAAAUUGGCUUGGAAGAAAUUACAUUUUUUGUUUUGUUUAUGAAAA